AUGACUGUAUUAACAAAACAACUCAAUGAUCUUAAACAAGAACUUGUUAGUCUUAAAGUACAAAAGAUAGCUGGAGGUGCUGCAUCAAAAUUAACAAAGAUGUUUGGUAAAAAAUAUAAACCCCUUGAUCUUAGACCAAAGAAAACCUGUGCAAUUCGUAGAAAGUUGACUAAAAAUGAAGCUUCAAAGAAAACUAGACGGUAA